GAGGACGGACUCGACGGAGCGAAACGGAAAAGUAACUGAUCGAGCCGAGCAAGAGAGAAAAUGGUGGUUGAGGAGGAUUCUUCAGUAUCGACGAUUAUGGCGGAAGAGAAUCUCGAUCCUAACACCGCGAACCCUAGCCGUAUAGAGAAGCAGCAUGUUCCGGCGAUUAAGGCUAUCCGCGGCGGCGAAGAAGGUCCGUCGAAGGGGAAAACGAUUCUGUGCGGUGGAAAGGACAAUGUGUCGAAGAAAUCAACCACCGUAAUCCAAAAUUCGCACUCGUUCCAGAAUUCUUGGACCAUCUGGUUCGAUAAUCCUUCCUCGAAAUCGUAUCAAGCUACAUGGGGAAGCUCUUUGAGAACCUUGUACACAUUCGCGACUAUCGAGGAGUUCUGGAGUCUUUACAAUAACAUGCAUCCUCCAACCAAGUGGGUUCCAGGGGCUGAUCUUUACUGCUUCAAACAUAAAAUUGAACCAAAAUGGGAAGAUCCUACUUGUGCUGAUGGAGGAAAGUGGACUAUGAUGUUCCCUAAGGCUAAACUGGAAUCUAAUUGGCUUAACACGUUACUUGCGUUAGUUGGUGAGCAAUUUGAGCAAGGAGAUGAGAUUUGUGGGGCAGUUUUGAAUUUCAGAACAAGAGGGGACAAGAUCUCUCUAUGGACAAAGAACGCUGCAAAUGAGAAGGCACAGCUAAGCAUUGGGAAACAGUGGAAGGAACUUCUUGGUUACAAUGAGUCAAUCGGAUUCAUAUAUCAUGAGGAUGCAAAGACUCUUGAUCGUAAUGCUAAACCUCGAUACACUGUAUGAUUCACGUUUGACUUCUCAGCUUCCGGGAGAGAAAAAGAAGACUCAAAAGGGAAGUCAUAUGAGAGAAUAGGACCUUUUAGUUGCUUCUGAUUCUAUCUUCUACUUGUAAAAAGGAUGCACAUUUUGGGUUUGAGGUGAUCAGUAUUCUCUCACUUUCAAACUAGCAGAAUUGGUGAAAUAGGUUGUAAUCAAAUGUACAUGUUUUUCGUAAUUUUCAUAGUGGU